AUGGCGAGCCUUUCCAGCUGGAGCGACAAGCAGGCCGGAGAUGACAGUGCGAAAGUCGCAGAUGCCGGCAAAGCCCUGGCCGCAGUCUACACUUCAGUGGCCGUCCUGUGCGUGCUAACGAUGAUCGCCAGGCUGCUUACUGCGCGAUUCUACGGGCUUCCCUUCAACCCGCGACACGCGCUGUUCUUGUUGCUCUUGCUACUACUUUUCGUUGUUCGGAUCGUGAGCGAUCUUUGGGAACUUGGUGAUGGGAGGCUCGUGGCGGCAGGAUCAAAGACAUGGAUGUACAACCUGCUGUCGACAGGUCCGGUCAUCGUUUUCCUCACUAUCUUCCUCGUGCUCCUCUAUCAUCUCACCUGUGUCCUACAUUCUAUCAGCCUCGCCAAAGAGAGCCUUGAGGAGGCCUACUGCAGGUCUGUGGCAGUGGGCCUCGGGUCCAUGGAGCGCUCCAGCUUCGCCGACCAUGGGGUCGUGCGUGGUCUUUGUGGCAGGUGCAGGGGGAAGGCUUUCCUUACGUAUUUCAAGUGCUUCAUGGCCACGACAGCGAUUACUUUAUGGGUGCUCUUCGUGGUGGGUUACGUCGCCACACUUCUGGUCAAGGAUCGGGGGCAGUGA